GUAUGUAUAUGUUUGGCGUAUGUGCUCCUGUGUGGGUGGUACUUCCCAGUGAAUGAGCAAGUGGCGACAUUCCCAGGGAAAUGGCCACUCAUUGGUCAUGCGUACAAAUUCAUGUGUUCUGACAGUAAGUAUGAAAUCCCCGUGUGGAAACGUAGUCGAAGAGUUUUAGACCUUUGCUUCAAGCAGCACAUAUUGGACGACUACCUCCAACUGUUCAAUGAUCGCGCUGAGCGGUUUGUCGAGACACUUGCUGAUGACGUUGGUCAAGGUGAAGUGGACCUUAUCCAGAAAAUCACAAGGAGUGUUCUAGAAACUUCUUGGCUUAAAAUUGAUUUCAAAAUUAUUCCAGUUACUACUCUGGGAGUUAAUCUUGAUGGAAAAGAUGAAAUUAAUGAUAACUUCGCUAAAGCAAUAAACUGCUCUCUGGAUACUCUCUGUGACAGGGUCUACAAGCCUUGGUUCAUGUUUGACACUAUCUUCAACUAUUCCAAUCACAAGAAAAUUUUGGACAAGGCACUCGAAACCGUAUUCAAUUUUACUGGCAAAGUGAGUAUAUACAUUUACAAAGUCAAUGCCCUUUUCUACCCCCUAGGUGAUAAGGUUCAAAGCGUAUUAGACGUAAUUUUGGAAAACUCUGUCAAUGAAACCGAUAGCCUCUUCACUGAUGUCGAAUUGAGGAACUUUAUGGACACCGUGGUGGUAGGAGCCUUCGACACCACUAUCUACCAGAUGCUCUACGUAUUGAUCUGCAUUGGCAGCAGUUCCGAAGUACAAGACAAGAUUAUUCAAGAGAUGAAUGAAGUUUUGGGCAAAGACCAACGUCUUCUAAGGGAUAAUUUAUCUCAACUGGUGUAUUUAGAUGCAGUUGUUAAAGAAGCUGUCAGAUUAUAUCCAGUCGGAGCCGUUAUAGGUCGUGAUGUGAAAACAGCCACAAAGUUGCGUAACGUGACCAUUCCUGCAAACAGUUCUAUUAUUAUGCAUAUAUGGCAUAUAAAUAGAAACCCAAAAUACUGGGGUCCUGAUGCGAAGGAAUUUAGGCCUGAAAGAUGGUUGGAUUCCACAACUAUACCUAGCCAUCAAGCUGCAUUUGCUACGUUUGGGCCAGGAAAAAGAGGUUGUGUAGGUAAAUCAUAUGCGCUAAUGUAUUUGAAAGCAACCAUCGUAGCAUUACUGCGCAAGUACAAGCUCACUGCUGACCACACGAAAAUGAAAUUAGAAUGCAAAGUAAUGAACAAACCUUUAUCGGGACAUUUGAUUCAAAUUGACAAAAGACAUUAA